GGGCCGGGGCUUCUUCCGGCGGCGGCGGCGGAAGCGGGCGGCGGGGCGGCAUGGCGGACCCGCGGCGGCCGGCGCGGGUGGCCAGGUACAAGCCACCGUCCACCGAGACCAACCCGGCGCUGGAGGACCCCACGCCCGACUACAUGAACCUGCUGGGGAUGGUCUUCAGUAUGUGCGGGCUUAUGCUCAAGCUGAAGUGGUGCGCCUGGAUCGCCGUCUACUGCUCCUUCAUCAGCUUCGCCAACUCCCGCAGCUCUGAGGACACCAAGCAGAUGAUGAGCAGCUUCAUGCUCUCCAUCUCCGCAGUGGUGAUGUCCUACCUGCAGAACCCCCAGCCCAUGUCCCCCCCGUGGUGACGGCCAGUGUCGUUCCUUGGGGAGGCAAGAGGUCCUGUCGGGGCUGGGGCAAUAAAGGGGGUGCUGGGGCAGA